GCAAUGAAGAAGCUAGAGAGAGAAGCUUGUUUGUCUUGAGAGAUUGUGAAAAUUGGGAACUAGCUGUAUUUUAUUCACAAGCAAACAGAAAAAUGAAAAAAAAAAGAAUUCAACCCUCCCCAUAUAAUUCCUUUAUUCCCUGCCCUUCUUCAUUUGGGAAGCUGCCCCAAAACAGCAGCGUUUCUUACACAGUUUCUCCCUCCCUCUCCAUUCCGAAUCGGCUGAAUUGGUGAAAAGCCCAAUGCUCUUCAUAAAAACCUAACAAAAGAAUAUUGGGUUUUUCAUUGUUCAAGCCUAUUUGAGUCAUGAUCUUCUUCUAACGAGGUAAAACAUGGGGGGAUGAAUUAUAUGAGAUUAAAUAACUUGAGGAAUAGACUAUGUGCCCGCUAGCUGUGAAGAGUACUUGCUGAUAUUGAGGCCAUCCAAUUUAUGAUUGAUUUAUUGUGAUUUAUGUGACUAACUAUGGCGAGGAUUUGCUGAAUAAUUGGAGAGAGAGAGUUCUAGUCAAUUGAGCAAUAAGCGAGAGAGUAAUUGUGCUUGCUUACAAGUUCAAGAGCAUUAUCUACCCUCUCAUAGUAUUUGAGAGGGGUAAGAGGCGUUUUUUGGUGGAUUUAUAUACCCAGAAAUUUAGAAACGAUUGGUUUUUUGUGCAUUAUAGUGCUCCGUGAAGCUACAUCUCAGAAUCUCCACAAUGGGUGCUGUGUGUUGCUGUUUACGCAUUGAGGAUUUUGAGGAACACACUUAUUCUAAUGGCUCUGGGCAUCGACAUUGUAUCUGCCUGAGAUGCUUCAUUCACCAGCUUUUAUGUGCUUACACUUCAUUGUUCCAUAGAGUUGAGGCUCGAGCAGUCUCUGCCCCCAUCCAAAGCGCAAAUCCUAUGACUUCAACUGGACUAGUCACAUCUUCACUUGACAACUCUUUAUCUGAUAUGUACCAUCCUCCUCCAAGGCCUUUACCUUAUGAUGCUGAUCCUAGAUAUGCUCGGUUACAAAGGGAUGGGUUGGUCUCAAGGCGUGAAAAGGCUUCAAGCCAUUUCCAUGAAGAAACUGAACCACUUAGAAGAAGUAGCAGUAAUCAGGGUAUUGAAUCUUUGAGCACUGGAGAAAAAUGGAAUGGAGCAGACUAUGAGGGGCAAUCUAAAAUUGGCCGUUCUGAGUCUUCUAAGAAGCAACAAUUGAUGAAAGUGGCAGGUGUAGCAUAUGUGCUUUCCUCUUCAGAUGAUGAAGAUGUUUGCCCUACAUGUCUUGAAGAGUAUACUACUGAAAACCCCAAGAUAACGACACAGUGCUCUCAUCAUUUUCACCUUGGUUGUAUAUACGAGUGGAUGGAAAGAAGUGACAGUUGUCCAGUCUGUGGAAAGGAAAUGGCAUUCAGUGAAAGCCCGUGACGAUAGAGAGAAACGGUUGAUAAUUUCAUGCUUUUGGAAGGUUGAGAAACACUGUAAAUGGAAUUUCUACACAUACCCAGAUGAUGGAACUUACGAGUUCGAAAGGAUAAACUGAAUGUUUGUGUACAUCCUUGUAAGUAGUCUGUAUUUACCACUUUUAGUUAAUCUUCUGAUUGUUAUUGGGAUCAGUUUAAACUAGAUUUGUCUGCUGAAAAGAACAGGGCAGAAAGGAAAAAACAUGGAUCAGCUGUGUGAUUUGAUUAUACCAAAUAUGGAGUAUGUCUCUUUAUGUACUCCAUUUGGUUAAA